AUGGAUGUGAUGAACGUAGCCAUUCUGUCAAAUGUUUCAAGCGUGGUGAUGCCUACAGCGGGACAAGUCUGCGAUGCCUACUGCAGGGCAAUGCUGACAACAGUUUAUAGUUUGGUCUUAUUUGGAGGCACUGUUGGAACUUUUAUGAUGUCACACAUGAUGCUCAAGAGGAAAAGCCAAUCAGUGAUUGCCACGAUCAUCAUUAAUAUCAUUGUGCUGCAUUCCCUUCUCCUGAUUAGUCUACCAUUCCGCCUCAGCUACUAUCUCUCAGCAGUCUGGAAGCUUGGGUCUUUUACCUGCCGAAUGGUUAGUGGUAUCAUAUAUGCUCACAUGUACCUUACCUUUGUUUUUUAUGUGGCCAUUGUUACACUUCGGUUGCUCAUCUAUUUUAAGAAACUCCAAAUGCAACAGUUACAAAAGUUGCAUGCCAUGGCUCUGAGUAUUAUUAUUUGGAUGUCAGGAAGCUUCAUCUUUUUACCGAUAUUUUUUUUACAGUAUGGCACGGAUCCGAGUUAUACAGAGCAACAACGAUGCUUUGAGUUUCAUAGAUCUCUCAACUGCAGGGUCAUCAUCAUCAUAAACUACUCUAUAAUUGUCAUUAUGAUGACAACAGUUCUGGUCCUCUUUCUGACCCAGCUGACUGUCAUUCUUCGUUUGAUAAAAGCCUAUUGGCCUGAUAUGUGGGCUCAUCAAGAGUACAGAGCUCAAAUCAAGAGUUUUUUCUUCCUGUUGGUCAUAGUUGUCUGCUUUAUACCCCACCAUGCAUUCAGGAUAUAUUUUAUUCAAAAUUAUCCAGAGCAAGAAAAUUCUAAGUUAAUACUGUACAAUGAAAUCUGUGUUGCUUUAACAACCUUCUGCUGCCUGGAUAUGUUAUGUUUCGUAUGUGGUGUCAUCCAUUAG